CUGCCUCUCCAUCAGUAUUUCCUCUCCUCCCUCCGUCGGGUUGGACCAGAUCCUUUUCGGAGCUGGAGAACAGAGGUCGUGCGUGUUUCUCUCCUCCAGAAGCAGAAAGCAGGCUCUGACUCCCUGCAGCCUCCGGGUUCCCCCCCCCCUCCUACCAAGGAUAUGGAGUCUAAAAGAGUCUGUGGGAUUAUUCCUCGGGUUGCCUGGCUUCUUCUCCAUCUUGGCUUGUUCGGGACAACCACAGCAGAAGAGUGUGACAGCCCUUUGGUGUCCAACCUGCUGCCUUCGUCCUUCAGGAGCUCCUCCCAGCUGUCCAGCAGCCACGCACCGGGAUUCGCCAAACUCAACCGGAGAGACGGAGCUGGAGGCUGGUCCCCCCUCACCUCAGACCGGUAUCAGUGGCUGGAGGUGAACCUGGGCGAGCGAACCAAGAUCACAGCUGUCGCCACACAGGGCCGCUACGGAAGCUCUGAUUGGCUGACGUCUUACCAGCUGAUGUUCAGCGACACGGGACACAACUGGAAGCAGUACAGACAGGAGGACAGCAUAGGGUCUUUUCCAGGUAACUCUAAUGCAGACAGCGUGGUUCAGUACAAACUGCAGCAGCCGGUCGUGGCCCGCUUCCUGCGCCUCAUUCCUCUGGACUGGAAUCCCAGCGGGCGGAUCGGACUGCGUCUGGAGACCUACGGAUGUCCGUACACUUCUGAUGUGGUGGGUUUGGACGGCAGCAGCAGUUUGGUGUACAGACUAAGUCCCGGGUCAAGGCGGGCUCAGAGAGAUGUCAUCACAUUGAAGCUCAAAACCCUGAGAAACUCCGGGACGCUGCUGCAGGCGGAGGGCAGGGAAGGAGUCGGCCUCCGUCUGGAGUUAGAGAGAGGAAAGCUACUGCUGCUGUUCAGACAAGGUAGGACUUCAUCUGCUGAACCUCGACGUCUUGCAGCUCUUGGAAGCCUUUUGGAUGAUCAGCAUUGGCACCAUGUGGCAGUGGAGCUACACGGCCUUCACCUCAACCUCACAGUGGAUAAACACACGCUGAGGGUUAAAAUCCCGCCAGAGUUCCACCACCUCGACAUACAAGAGCUGCGCGUGGGGGCAGGUCAGGCUCUCGGGUCUCACAAGCCAUUUCACUCCAAGAGGAACUUCCACGGCUGCCUGGAAAACCUGCUGUUCAACGGUCUCAACCUGAUCGGACUCGCCAAAGUCAAGGACCACAAAGUUUCUCUAGUGGGCAAUGUGACCUUUUCCUGUGCCGAGCCAGUUCCUGUUGCCGGGACGUUUCCCGGCCUCCAGAGCUUCCUCCAGUUGCCGUGGACAACGCCAUCGUCUUUGGGGAGCGUGUCGAUUGGGUUUCAGUUUCGGACCUGGAACAAGGCGGGGCUUUUGCUCACCUUUGAGCUCCCUCAACAGGGAGGCGUGGCCUGGUUGUUUCUGAGCGAGGCGAAACUCCGCCUCCAGAUCCAGAAAGGAGGACGGGUUCUGCUGGAGCUCUGCGCAGGUUCUGCUCUCAGUGACGGCCAGUGGCAUUCAGUGGCGCUGACCUCCAGGCGAAGUCAUCUGAGUGUCUCUGUGGAUAAAGAUGAAGGCGGCAGUGCUCAGGCCAGCCCGUCAUUUCCUAUCGCAGUAGAACGUCACGUCUUCUUCGGUGGAUGUCCUGCUGGAGACGCUCAAGGAUGCAGAAACAACUUCAGUUCCUUCCAGGGCUGCAUGCGUUUACUCAGACUGGACGGCAGGAUUAUGGACCUGAUCGCGGUGCAACAGAAACAGCUGGGAAAUUACAGCAACCUGCAGAUUGACAUGUGUGGAAUUAUCGACAG